AUAUAUCGCGGCGCGCGCGACGACAGUGACUAGACUUUUUAAGCUGUGUGUUUCCCGAUUUUUUUUAUUGCUAUAUUUUUUUUUUUUUUUGAAAUAUAUUUUCUACACAUAUAUAUGUACAAACUGUGAUUAUUGUCAUAAGGAACGAGAAGAAAAAAAAAACAUAUGUGCGAACAUGAACUUUUUUGUGUGUCAAGUAAUGUGGUGUCGUAAAGUUACAUAAAAGAUGAAAAAUUUACAAAAAAAAAAAUGUUCGUAAAGUGAAAUAAGAAUUUUUCGUAAAUAAUUCGUAAAAAAUGAUGAAACAAGAGAAAAUGCCGCAAAAUCCAAGCUUAAAUGACGUUCACUUGACACACAAAGCCUCAAAAUAAGUUUUCCGACACAUUGGGGGGUCGGGCGAAUGCCUGUGCCCCCAUCCAGUGACCUCUUAGCGACCAUUAGUAUGUUCGAGCAGAUCAAAACGGAGCCCAUUGGCUUCUAUUCGACAAUGCCGCCGUCAUCGCGUGCUGGCGGAGGCGAAUCAUCAGCACAGCAGUCUGUCAUAACGUCAAGCAAUACAAAUGACGGCACCGACAGCAAGGAACAACCGACGUUAAUUGUCGCGGCGUCGUCCUCAUCCAGUGGCAAUACUUUGAUACUGACAGAACCAAAACAGGAAAUAAUUACGACGCCCAGUGGCGGGCAGCAGCAACAACAACCGCAGCAGCAACAGCAGCACACGAUUCAACAUACUCCCACACCUUCGUCUAGUCGUAGUAAACCGCAGGCAUGUAAAAUUUGCGGCAAAAUGUUGUCGUCGGCGAGCAGUUAUUAUGUGCACAUGAAACUCCAUUCGGGCACGAAGCCGUUCGCGUGUACAGUUUGUGAAGCGGCGUUUUGUCGCAAACCGUAUUUGGAGGUUCACAUGAGAACGCAUACCGGUGAACGACCAUUCGAAUGCGAUUUAUGUUUCAAAAGAUUCAGUCAAAAAAGCAGUUUGAACACGCAUCGUAGGAUUCAUACGGGCUCACGACCGUUCCAGUGUGUAAUCUGCCUUAAAACAUUCACGCAGAAAUGCGCUCUGACGCUUCAUGCGCGCGUUCACACCGGAUAUUGGAGCGUGCAUAAGCCAUUUCAGUGUAGCCAAUGCAAUGCAGCCUUUUGUCGGAAGCCCUAUCUCGACAUUCACAUGCGAACGCAUACGGGAGAGCGUCCUUUUAAGUGUGAAAUUUGUCAGAAACGUUUUACGCAAAAAAGUACAUUAAAUAUUCACGCAAAAACGCAUAAUGCUAUCCAGGAAAGACCGUAUCAGUGCAACCGUUGCCCAGCUGCCUUUUCUCGAAAGCCCUAUCUAGACAUCCAUUUGCGAACACACACGGGGGAGCGCCCAUUCCAAUGUGAUGUCUGCUAUAAGAGAUUUACCCAGAAGUCAUCUUUGAACAUCCAUAAAACGAUUCAUUCUGCUGGUCAUCGACCCUAUCAAUGUCCCCAAUGCCCUGCCAAUUUUUGCCGGAAGCCCUAUUUGGACAUCCAUUUACGAACUCACACCGGGGAACGUCCCUACGGGUGUGAUGUUUGCAUGAAACGUUUUGCCCAACGUAGUACUCUAAAUAUCCAUAAGAAAACUCACACAGUGCAAGGAAGGCCAUUUCAAUGUCCUCAUUGUCCUGCUGCGUUUGUUCGAAAGCCAUAUUUAGUUAUACAUCUACGAAUGCAUACGGGUGAACGACCAUUCGAAUGUGGCGUUUGUAUGAAACGAUUUGCACAGAAAAGUACCUUGAAUAUACAUAAAAGGAUUCACACAGAACAAGGUCGACCAUGGGAGUGUCCUCAUUGCCCAGCAGCAUUUGUACGGAAACCAUAUCUCGAGAUCCAUUUGAGAAUUCACAGCGGUGAAAAGCCUUAUCAGUGCGACAAUUGCAUGAAAAAAUUUAGUCAACGGUCUUCAUUGAAUAUUCAUAAGCGCAUACAUACAGGUGAAAGGCCAUAUGCUUGUGAUAUUUGUAAUAAAACGUUUGCAGUUAAGAGUUAUGUGACAGCUCAUAGAUGGUCCCACGUUUCCGAGAAACCCCUAAGUUGCGACAGAUGUUCCAUGACAUUCACGAGUAAGUCACAAUUCGCUGUGCACAUUCGCACCCAUUCUGCGGGUCAGAAUUUCGAAUGUAACUUGUGCGGGCGCACAUUCAUUCGGGACAGCUACUUGAUACGGCAUCACAAUCGGGUGCAUCGCGAAAGUCGAGGGACUGCCAGCAAUAACGUUAGCAACACAAUCAACGCUGUAGUUCAGCAAACGACGCAGCAGCAGCAACAAGUAACGCAACAACAGCAGCAGCAGCAGCAUCAAACGCAACCUCAAACGCAAACUGUUCAAAUUCACCAACAACAACAACAACCGGAACCGCAUCGCGAAGUGUACGAAGGAACGACGCAAGUUUGUGAUUUGAGAUACGUUUCCGAUUUGCAAUCUGUGGUUUCUUCGGGUCCUCAUACAAUUACGACGACGUCAGAUCGUCACGCUGUGAUGGCUGUCGGGCCUACGAGCAUCAGCAUAACAGAUCGCAAUCGUUUGGGGAUCAGCGAUCUCAGUGGCGUCAACUUGAAUGAGCGACUUGUGCAAGAACGCGUGGCGCAUCGUGCUUUGCAGGAACAACGUGCGAUUCAGGAACGAGCGUUGUACGAAAGAGCGGUGCAGGAACGUGCAAUCCAGAAUUCCGUGCAAAAUCGCGCGGUUCUCCAUCAAACACUCAUCAUACCGAGCGGCGCGCACAUCAUAAGCACGCAUGAACGGGUAAUUGAGAAAAAUAGUGGCGCCGGCGGCACAACGACAGUCGUCACGUCAAUUCCGGCGUCAGCCAUACAACAAAAUAACGUUGCUAGUCCAGAUCCAGUUUAGUUUUUGACAGUCGUAGGAAGGGAUUUAACAUAUUAACAAUCAGACACAACACUACUAUUAUACCUCAUCACCAUCAUAUAUAAUUAAAAAAAUAACAAUAAGCAUUAAAAUUUUAAGGGAAUAAUGUUUGUUACACA